AUGUCACUUAAUACGUAUCUUGUAAAGGUUAUAAACGAGCCAAAUAACUCUCCUGAACUUCUAAAACUUAAGGCUUUAAAAGAACAAGCUAGAAAGUUAGGCUCUGAAUUUCAUGAGAAUUUUAGUCGUCCGCCUAUUGCUGUCACUUUUGAAAACCGUGCUAAUAAUGCUGAGUUGGAUGUAACUAAUAAUAAUCAUAACUCAGUAUCUUUUGUAACCACUGAUAUUGUUUUUGUCACUGCUAGUACUUUAGGAACCACUGAAAUACUGCUUCAUUCUCAAGCAAACGGACUUGAAAUUAGUUCUCAAUUAGGUGAUGUAUAUAUUUUUUUAUAUUUUUUAAAAUAA